CAACAUUACGCAGAUCACUUGGUCAGGGGCCAUCUGAUUGGAUUGAUAUCGACUUAUUAGGACCCCUUGUUGCCUAUCUCACACUCCUUUGUACCAUUGGCGGACAAGACAUUCUUUUUCAUUCCUCGCGUUGUCAACAUCGCGACAGACUUCGCUCCAGGUCACGCCGAACUCUCACACCGCCAGGCUCUCUACAAUGUCUUCCAGUCUUAUCCUAUUCACCUUGGCUAUUGUCUCUUCCUAUACUGUCUCCGCGGUCCCCGCCCCCAUCCCGUCACCAUCCUAUCCCGAAUGCAGAAAAGGCUACGGUACAGGAUAUGCACAUUACGACGGGUGGAAGCUGAUCGGUGACGAUCUAUCCGGCGCUGUACCUGUAUCGCCAGAAUCAGCCUGUGUCAAUGCUUGUAAUCGUUACGGAUCAGCCUGCGCUGGAAUCUUUUUUGACGCCUCCAUCUCUCGAUGCUUCCUCAAAGGGGUCCAUCCUACAACCUGGUCAUUUGUCCGGGGCGAAGAAGACGACGGCACAGACCUCAUUGGCGGUUGUGAAUUAUGGUCAUCCAUCGUUGGACCAGAGAUGGACGCGGAAUGUUGCAAUGUUUCAUGAGUCAGAGUUCCUGGCUCUCGCUGUGACUCUGGUUUCUAGGAAGCGGUAUCAAGACAUGGACAAUCGGGUUUAGACCCUGUAGCUGUAUAAUCUUCGAAGUGUUCUUGGGCGACUACCGCGUACCUCUAGAUGGGAACAUCAAUUCGGCUGGGAUGGUCAUUAUAUUCAGUAGACAAAGCGACCAGUACAUGUAUCUUGGGCAUUUGUUUGAGCGACGUAAAUGCUGUUCGUCAAAGGACAAGAGACUACGGACAGAGGGAUGCUAUUACUCGUAAGAUGUGACGGUCGA